AUGCUGCUGCUGGCCCGCAGCUCGCUGGCGGCCACCUCCACCCAUCCUGCGCUGCCCUUUGGCCUCGCCGAGCCCGGCUGCCCCCCCGUGUCUGUCGACCUGCUCAACACCUUCACCGUGGGCUCUGCCAAGGGCAUCACCAUCAACAAGAUGCAGUCAGCGGCGCUGGCCUGCCAGCUCAAAGCUGUGCUGGCGCUGUCUGACGUCGGCAACGCCACCGCCGCCGCCUGGCUGGCAUCCAUGUAUGCCGCCUGGCGCAAGAGCUACCACCCCCAGGCGAGUGGCUGGCGUGGGAGCCAGCAGCAGGGUGGAGCACUGGUGUGGCACGUGCCCCGCUCCUCCCGUGCCUCCUGGAUGUCCAGCCUGCGCACCAUUGUGGACAUCAACACCAACCUGUCGUCCAAGUUCUGGGCCAGCCUGAACGCCUACUCGGACCUGUCACCCUCUGAGUUUGCCCAGGCCAUCCUCAUGACCCCCACCACACCCAAGACCCCCGCCCAGGGCAAGACCGCCGCCGUCGGCAACAAGACGACCACUGCCUCCACCACCAACAAGACCACUGCUGCAACCACCACCACCACCACCACCAAGGCCAGGGCGCGCAGGCUGAUGGCCAACUGCUGGAACUGCACCCCCGCCCCCGCCUACCCCGCCGCCAUCAGCUGGCUGGCCGCCGGCAAGGUGCUGCCCGCCACAGGCUUCCAGGCUGAGUGCGCCUCGUCGUGGGCCUUUGCCACCGCCGCCGCCCUCGAGUCGAGCCUGCUCAUCGCCGCCGCCACCAACACCACCGCCCCCCUGUCCGCCCAGCACAUCAUGGACUGCACCUCCACUCAGUUCAACUACUCUGCCUCCGCCUGCCUGCGCGGCUCACCCACCGACGCCCUCCAGCUUGCCGCCACCGCUGGCGUGACUGCAGAGUCGGCCUACCGCUACCGCGCCGCCACUGGCAGCGGCGGCAACCUAGCCACCACUGGGCAGCCGGCGCAGUGCAACCGCACCUUCCUUACCGGCCAGGCCGCCAAGGUGGGGCUGGUGCGCAUCACCGCCACCCCCGCCUACACGCCAGUGCAGCCCACCAAGCUGGCGCUCAUCAAGGCGCUGGCCGCCAGGCCCGCCCUGGCCCUGCUGGCUGUGGAUUCCACCUUCCAGCACUAUGCCGGCGGCGUGUGGUCCUCGCCCACCUGCGCCCACGCCGCCGCACCCAACCACGCCCUGCUGGUUGUGGGCUACAGCACCGAGAAGCCCGGCUUUGAGAACUUCCUGGCCAAGAACAGCCUGGGGGCCAGCUGGGGCGAGAGCGGCUUCGUGCGCAUUGCGAUGACCGAUGCCGGCAUGUGUGGCAUGUACCAGGCUCUCGUGCAGGCCGGUGACGCCGCGCUGGUUGCCCCCGCCAAGGCCGGCAACAGCACCACCGCCAAGCGGGUGUAG